AAGAAAAUGAAUGCCCACUAUGUUGCUUCAGCAAAUGAAUUUCCAAUCAACAUUAAAACUGCUUAUGGAAUUUCAAAAAUACAGUUUUCCAAUGACGUUACUAGAAGAUUAAUUGCAAUUUCUACAUGGGAUGGAUUUGUUCGAAUUGUUGAUGUAACCAAUCCUGGCUCUCCACAAGAUAUGCGGACAUAUUAUCAUUCAAAAUCUGUUCUAAGCUGUGCAUUUAUUGACUCAACCAAGGUGGUUAGCGGUGGACUUGACGAAGUUGUUAAGGUUUGCGAUUUGGAAUCUGCUAGAGAAACAGUAAUGGGACAACAUUCCAAUGCUGUUAGAUGUCUAGAAUUUUGUAAUACUAUGAGGGUUGCUGUUUCUGGUGGAUGGGAUAAUAUGUUAAAGAUUUGGGACAUUCGUGCCUUAAUGCCUGUCAAUUCACUAGAUUGUGGGGAAAAAGUUUAUGCUCUCGACGUAAUUGACAAUCGUGCUGUUGUUGGGACAAAAGACAGGCGUGUACUUGUUUGGGAUGUUAGGAGCAUGAAAACGCCUCUUCAAGUGCGAGAAUCGCCUUUAAAGUUCCAAACUCGUUGUAUAAAAUGUUUUCCUUCAGGUGAAGCUUUUGUUUUGUCGUCCAUUGAGGGUCGUGUAGCUGUUGAAUAUUUUGAUAUGGACCCGGAAGUGCAAAAAGGAAAGUACGCCUUCAAAUGUCAUCGUGUAAAAGAAGAGGUCAAUGAAUUAAUUUACCCAGUUAAUGCAAUAGCUUUUCAUCCAAUUCAUCGAACUUUUGCAACUGGGGGAAGUGAUGCGAUUGUUAAUAUGUGGGAUCCGUUUAAUCGAAAAAGGUUCCCAAACUCAGUUGUCAGUUUAUCCUUUUCACCGGAAGGCACACUUUUAGCUAUAGCCAGUACUUAUAUGUAUGAGGAAGAAAGGGAUGAUCCUUCUUCAAUACCGGAAAGUGCUCUUGCGAUAAGGCGAAUGACUGACAUUGAGGUUAGACCAAAAUGA